AUGAACAACUCGCCGCAGAAUACGGAGAUCGCCGGGCAACAGCACCGGUCUGGCGGCGGCGGUGGCGGCGUAGAGAACAGCGACGAGGAGGAAUGGAGUGGUGUCGUGGAAUGUGUAAUGUUAUUACAUCGACUCGUGUAUCGAAAGAAUGAUUUUUAUUUGCUGAAACAGCCUUCCUCGAGCAGUUUCUUGUUGCCCAUUUCGAGUUGUUUUUCGUGGUCAAGGAAAUUCUGUGGGUUGCACAACGCUGUUCUGGAGAGGUCGAAGUCUGAUCGGGUGACACGAACGGAUGAGGACAGGCGUCGUCGCACUAUUAUCGUUGAGAAGAAAAAUGGCACGUACGGUUUCACGUUACAGAGUUACGGGAUACAUUACAAAAGGGAGCAGGAAAUCGAGAUGGUCACCUACGUGGACUACGUCGAAUACGACGGGCCGGCGUUCAAAGCCGGUAUGCGGGAGGGUGACGUUAUAUUAUCGAUAAACGGCCAUGAAAUGGAUCGAGCUGACCACAAAACGUUGGUCAAUUUUAUAAAGAACUGUGAUACUAGGAUGCGAAUGGUGGUGUCUUUCGAGGACUGUGUGAGAAAGGUGGAAUUGCAUAUGCGUUACAUCGAGUUACAACGUGCUCUCCAAUCCCGGCUCGGCGAAUUGGAAAGACUGUGCGAAAGAGAAAGGUCUCUUCUAAUGGGUCGAUGGAAAACCCAUUCCCUGCCAGCUCGCAAGAGAACGCCUAACAAUGUGAUUACGAGUAACCCAAAUCAACCAUCGCCGUCGUCGAGCUUCAAUUCUUCCACGAUUCAGUGCUGUCGCCCGGCCACGUCCACGGAACACCUACUGCUCUACAACGUGUUUUCCGAUGGUCGGCCUUGUUUAGUACCUCGGACCGCCGCCUGUUUGGUGGCUGUAGGACCGCCACGAUCUCGUAGCGAUCACCAUCAUUUCCUCUCAAAGAUGUCCAACGACUCAGGAGUAACGGCCUCGUCGCGACACAGCUACCACCAAGCGAAUGGAAUGAGUACCACCCCGGCGAAAUCUAAAUCGCACAAAUCCUGUCAGCAACAGCAAUCCAGCUCAGGUGGAGAGCAACCUCUUCACGCACCAUCGCAGAACAGUCUUUGCGUAGCAUGUAUCUCGAGCACUAAUCGUCGUAGAGAACAAUCGGACAGCGGCAGUUUGGAUGCAUACGAUCUGGCCAGUCCAUGCUGCGAUCCAAAUUGCGUGCCCAGUCGUCGUCGUCGGGAGAAACAGAGACGGGCGCGAAACGAGCAGAAUCAUCAUCAGCAGCAACAGCAGAUACAACAUCAUCAUGUCCAACGGGAACAGCCACAACAAACGCAGCAACAACAGCAACAGCAACACGGCGCACACAAUUGUUCCCGCACGUCGGGACAUAGUUUACACUCGAUCACGAGCAGCGACAUCUCUACCAUCGUUGACAGCGUCGCCUCGUGUACAACCAGCCUAAGCACAGAUACCCUAUACUGGGAUCCAUCGAAUGUUCAUCAACGACCACCACCGUGCCUUCAGUACGCUAAACCGAAGUCAUGGGACAAUUUAACAACGAAAGCGUUCGGAGGCUACGGAUUCGGUUAUGGGUAUUUAGACACGGCAACCAUAAAGACGCACAGCGCCGAAAGACCCGGCAAAGGUACGCAUGGACGAGCGAAAACCCCAACCGGAACCGUACAGAGAAGGCCAAGCACUAGUACAACGUAUUCGGGAAGUUCCACCAGGCAUUUUCAACCGACAAAGUCUACCGAAAGCCUCUUAAUACCGCCCCCUUAUCAGGGUGAAUUGGACGCCAGCCUAAGUUGCGAAUGCUUGGACGGACCGACUCCACGAUGCGUGCCGGUUAUGCAAAUCGAGAAGCAUAAUCGGCAAGAUGAUGGUGGCUACAUUAUCAACACGCACACGCAAGUCAGACAUCGCCGGUCUAGUCAUUCCGAUGGGAAGUUAAGGGCUCUAAACAAUUCCGAAGUAACGCGAUUGUAA